AUGGCACGUGCCCCCCCUGGCCCUGACCCCCUUUACGAUAGCUGCGCUUAUCCACCACGAACCACUCACGGCCUGCUUUUCUUGUCCUAUACGUACCUCUCCAUAGCGAAGUACUUGGUGCCUUACUUACCUACUACCUCCUCCUCCACCGUUCAUCGUCGCCGUUGCAACCGUCCCUCCUUACUCCAACCACCAAACAAAGAUUGCGAGAGACGCUGCAUCCCAGCGUCCCUCACAAUUGCCCGUCCAACCAUCAUCACGGCUUCAGCACUAGCAACCUCGAUCCUGCCACGGCCCCAGGUCCUCGACUCCUUCCGCCGACCCUCCAUCCUGCAGGCCUUCGACCUGCCCUCGCUCAAGACGGCGUCCCCCUCGCCCUCUCCCGCGUCUUCGCUGCCGCUGCUGCUCGAUGACCACCGCUCCAACGCAGCCCUGCCGUCCAUCGUCAGCACCCACGGCCACGUUCACAACGACAUCAUCUCGCGCCCUUCGUCUACGUCGACGAUUGCUUCGUCGUUUUUGAACCAGGGGAGAGAGUCGGGCGGCGUGCAGUUGCCUGCGCUUUCCACGCUGGCUUCUUUGGCUUCGACGGGUCCUGCGGUGGCUCGCGGCGGCGGCGAGGGGGGUGCUGUUGGCGGCGGUGGUAAUGGCAGCAGCAGCGGUGGUGUGAAUGCUGAGAGUAUUGGUGAGAAUAAUAAUCAGAAUAAUAGUAAUAUCGCGAUGGCGGCAGCGGGUGCCAUGUCUGCGGGUACUUCACCGCAGAAUGUAUCGCCGCCGCCACCGCUGCCAGUGCUUCCUCAAGCCAGACCUUCCAAUGGCCACCACACCAUGACCUACGCAACCGCUGCUCCUGCCACCGCGGGCGGUCAGCCCAACUCGCCGCCCGUCUGUCAAAACUGCACCACCAGCACCACCCCGCUUUGGCGACGCGAUGAAUCCGGCUCCGUGCUCUGCAACGCCUGCGGCCUGUUCCUCAAGCUGCACGGCCGCCCACGCCCCAUUUCCCUCAAGACCGACGUAAUCAAGAGCCGCAACCGCGUCAAGACGGGCGCCCCUGGCAGCCGCAAGAAGCCGGGCGAGGUCAAUGGUCUACCUGCUGCCCACCCCGAUGCCGAUGGAUCGCUUGCCUAUGCUCAACAACGCCGCACGUCAGGCAAGAUCUCGUCUGGCCUUUCCGACCGUUCCCAGUCACCCAUCUCUCGCACCGGCACCCCGGGCUUUGGCCAUCCCUCCAACAUUGCCCCCCAGCACCUGUUCGACGGCGUGCUCCAGCCCGAUGCGUUCCAGUCUCCCCAGAUGCCCAACUUCAUGCUUCGCCAACCCUCGCCCGCUCCUUCUUCGCUGAACGGCUCCCACUUGGAACCUCCACUGCCAUACGACACCCUUUCCGCCCAGAACACUGCGCUUAAGACACGUGUGUCAGAGCUCGAGCUCGUCAACGACCUCUUCCGAGGCCGUGUGUCAGAGUUGGAGGGGAGUGAAAAGGCUGCGCGCUCCAUGGAGGCUCAGCUGCGAGCCGAGCUUGAGCAGGUGAAGCAGCGAGAGACGGAUCUCAAGAGGCGGUUAGAUGAGCUCGAGGGAGAAGGACCCCGACACAAGAAGAUGCGCCUGAGUGAUCUUGUCGACGAGAGCCGUGCCGGAUCACCAAUCAGCCCAAUGACGGAGUAA